CUGCCCUCUUGUGUUUCAUAGGCGGUUAAUUUAAAAGUACGACAAGAGUCAAGAUCAAGGGAGCAAUGUCUCGGAAAAGAAAGUCUUUUAGCAAUAUUUUAACUUCACCUGAAGACAGGGAGGAUCAAGAAAACAAAAGAUAUUUCUUGGACCCAGAGGCUGUGAGUCGCCAUCUGUUUUGCUCCAUCUGUCAAGAAGUAUUCACAGAGCCUCAGAGAGCCCCCUGUGGUCAUAGCUUUUGUAAAGAGUGUAUAUACACAUGGCUGAAACACAAGAAGAACUGCCCAGAAGACAGGCGUCCCUUGAGACGUUCAGACUUACAUUAUGACUUCAUCAUCGCUAACGUGAUCGGUGAUCACACGGUGGCUUGCCCUUUUCGUCGGAAGGGAUGCGAGUAUGUAGGCAAGCUGGAUACGAUCUCGCUGCAUCGCAAGUCUUGCGCUUUCAACCCCGGUAACCUCCCGUCUUUUCUUCACAAGGAGAAGAAUAUCCUAAGUGAAACACAGCCAACUACUCCCGAAGUAGAAAGUAGCGGACCUCCAUCUGCAGAGAAUGUCCUGUCACCUCUGGUACCAGAUGAUGACAAGUUACCUACGCCUGCAAAACCGUCGCUUAAGAUGAGACUCUUCGUCAAAGGUGGUGGUCAGCGAGAUCUCCUCUGCUCUAUGUUUGAUGACGGUACUAAACAAUCAUCAUCAACAUCGCCCUCCUCCUCAAUGUCAUCGUCAUCGUCAUCAUCAUCAUCAGUGGCAGCUAAAGCGACAAAAUCAAGAACCAGACGGAAAGCCGAACAUGAUGUAGUCAUAAUCCUUGAUUCUCCUUGAACACAGGUCCGUCAGUAAUUGAUUGAAUUUAUUUUGAGUGAUGAAUUAUUUAGAUAAUUGAUGGGUUAUCAUUCCGUGGGGUUGAGGAAAUUUUUUUUGGGGAGAGACUUUGUCUCCUAUCGACCAUAACAAUGUUUGCUCAAAUUUAGUUUAGCUUAAAAAGCAUAGCACUGAAUCCAAAGACCGGGUUAAUAGUAAUUUGUAAAGCGCUUAGAGACAUUUGUAUUAAGCGCUAUAUAAAAAUUAAAUAUUAUUAUUAUUAUUAUUAUUAUUGUAGACCCAAGUUUAUUAAAUGUUAAUAUAUAAAUGUGAUGCCCAUGUAGUGCGGGUAAAAAAGGAAUGCAUGUUAA